AUGUCGGGUCUGACGCUUGGACUCAUGUCGCUGGGCCUGGUGGACCUAGAGGUUUUGCAGCAAAGCGGGUCGGAAUUGGACAAGAAGCAUGCAGCUAAAAUCCUUCCAGUAAUGAAGAAGCCACAUCUGCUCCUGUGCACUCUCCUCAUCGGAAAUGCUCUUGCUAUGGAGGCCCUUCCCAUAUUCCUGGACGCGCUCGUGCCGUCGUGGGCCGCUAUUCUUCUCUCAGUCACUCUCAUCCUGCUCUUUGGCGAGAUUAUUCCGCAAGCCGUGUGCUCGCGCUACGGGCUGGCCAUAGGAGCUACCCUGGCUCCUCUGGUCAAAGUUCUCGUCCUGCUCUUCUAUCCCAUCGCCCUUCCCAUCAGCAAGCUUCUGGACCUGGUGCUGGGAGCGAGCAACGAGCCGCUGUACCGCCGCGCAGAGCUCAAGGCCUUUGUCAACAUGCACGCAAAGAUGGAGGGUCGGGGCGGUGACUUGACAGUGGACGAGACAACAAUCAUUACUGGCGCGCUGGAGCUCACGGGAAAGACGGUGGCGGACGCCAUGACGCCCAUCCACCACGCCUUCUCGCUCAGCGUCGACACCAAGCUCGACCUGGAGACGAUGCAGCAGCUGAUGAAGAGAGGCCACAGCCGGGUGCCCGUGUACCAUGGCUCUCCAAACAACAUUAUUGGAUUGCUGCUCGUGAAGAAUCUCAUAUCGCUCCACCCAGAGGAUGCCACUCCAAUUCGCAAGGUCCCUAUUCGCCGAAUUCCGAGAGUGCAAGCCUCCCUGCCGCUAUACGACAUGCUCAACGAGUUCCAGCGAGGCCACUCGCACAUGGCGGCUGUUGUCUCUCCUGCUCGCACUCACGCCCUUGCCAACCCCUCCGCCGCUGCUACCACCACAACGGUCACUACCACCACCUCGGGUAUUACCAUCACCGCGAGUGGCAGUACCAGAGCCACUUCAACGACUGCUACUGUCCCUCUUGGUCGUGUUACCAGCACUACUGCCACUACCAUCAGUGCUGGUAGCCCCAUCACUAGCGCCAGCAGCACCUGUGUGACUAACACGCCGGACUUCUCCCCCUUCGCCUCCCCUCCCUCCGCCUUCCUUCUGUCCCGCUUCACUGCAACCACUGCUGCUGCUGCUACUACUGCCCCCGGAGGUGGCAUGUCACAUUCACAUCCAUCCAUCCCCGAGGUAGCCAGCCUGUCAAAUGUCACCGGGAACAAUAUCAUUGAAGGUGCGAGCUGCAGUACUGCGAACGAGCCAGUAAGACGGCAAUCCCUUGAGCCGUUGCUCUCCACGGGCAUGCCAUGGGAUGUUGAUUCACCUGUUCCAUCCCAAGCAACAGCAGCAUUAGCCAUGGGAAACGUCGCGAGUGAACCAGCCCUAUCGAGGGGUGGUGCAGAUGGGAUCUCCAGGCCCACGAUCCGUGUGCAACAGCUGACUGCUGCCACUGUUUCCGCUGCCCUUACUGCCAGGCAGCAAAGGGAUGGCAAGAGGUUGUUGAUCGAUGUGCAGGGAAGUGGGCCGAUGGCUGGUUCUGGAGGGCGGAAGGGUGUGUUCCGCAGCAGUGUUGCUGCUGCUGACAUGGCAGUUGAUGUUUCUCAGCUAGAGGCAGCUGCCGGUACAGGGAGGAAGCGGCGGAGGAGGAAAGAUGGUGGGGAGGGGAAUGGUGCUGGCAGUGCCGUUACCGGGAGUGACGGCAACGGGUUGGGGUUUAGUCCCAGGAGUGAAGAGGCGGAGGAAGUGCGAGGAGGGGUAGGGGAGGAGAGGAGUCUUAUAGGUGGUGGUGAGGGAUCGUUGGGACGGGCAGAAGGGGAUGUGGAAGCUGAGGGGAGGCAGGAGGAGGCUAGGCGUGCACGUCCAGGAGGCUGGGAAGAGGAGGAGGAGGAAGAGGGGGAAGAGGAGGUGGAGGAGGAGGAAGAUGAGGUGGUGGUGGGGAUUAUAACGAUGGAGGAUGUGAUAGAGGAGUUGUUGCAGGAGGAGAUAUUGGAUGAGACGGACGUGAACCUGCUCAUGCACCGAUGCGUCAAGCAGCAGCAGCAGCAGCAGCAGCAGCAGCUGCUGCCAGCGCAACAGCUGCCAGCGCAACAGCAACAGCAGCAGCUGCCAGCGCAACAGCUAGCGGGCGUCGGGAAGUUCGAGCGGUCGGUGCUUCCGGACACCGCGAGCGCGCCCCAAUUCCCGCAACAGUCCCCGCGCGCACUCCUGCCGGGUGCGGCGGCGGACGCAUCCUCCGCGGCCGUCGGCGGAGAGGUCGGCGGCGCGCAAAGCGGGGGAAGGGCGGUCGGCGCUGCGCACGCGCGCGCGAGCAGCGAUGCGCGGAACAGCGUCCGCUCUAUGAUCGGCACGGCGCAGAACCCCGCGGAUGGGCGGAGUGAGAGUCUGAGCGGGCGGCGGCGGUACGUGGUGACGAAUAUACGGCGGGACAAGCUCAGCAAGGGCAGCGAGUCGCUUCUUCGUGCUCUUUCUUUCCCCUUCCUCCGUUCUCCCUCCUCCCCUCCCCAACCAACCCGACACCCGCACACACUCUUCCCUUUCCCCUCCCUGCCGCUCUCUCUUCCCCUUCCCCCUUUCUCACCUCGCUUUCCUUUUUCCUGGGGCGUGUGGGGGUGUGCGCGUGCGCGUGGGGACUCGCGUGUGGGGAUUGGUCGUGUGUGUUCUCGCCAGGGCGUGCCUGCGUGGAACGAGGGGUGGAAUCGCGACGAGCAGCAGCAGGGCUCCAAGCAAGUACCGCCCAUCAGUCCGCGCGUGGCUCUCCGCUCCCUCAUCACCACCGUCAAACACGCCGCCGUCGCCACCGCCGCCAUCACCUCAAUCACCGCCAGCGCGAGCGCGAGCGCGAGCACCAGCGGCAGCGGCGCCGUCAGCGCGAGCUCUAGUGGCGCUGGCUCCUCCGCUAGUGCUGCGACUGCGGGCUCCGCCGCCGCCGCUGCUGCUGUUGCCGCUGGCGGCGCAGCGGGGGCGGGGGCGGGGGCGGGGGCGGGGGCGGGGGGGCUUCAGCAGCGCGGGUACAAAUACUCCGCGUCGUUCUCGCGCUACUCCGAGGAGCGCAAGGCGCCCCCGCCCCGCUCGCUUUCCGUCUCCUCCUCCGCCUCCUCCGCAUGCGCGCCUGCUGUCACGAGCGCGGCGGAGGCGCGGGCAGCGGAGGUGGCGGGGAGGGCCGGGGUGGCGGAGCUCGGGCGGGAGAGGCAGCGCGGAGGCGGAGCAGGAGGACGAGCAGCGGCGGGUAGCGCGUUUUCGGUGGAGGAGAUGGAGAGAGAGUUCGAGGAGAUCGAAGAGUUCGAGGCACAGUUCAGCACCAUCACCUCGGCCGCCCGUCCACGUGUCACCGACUCUCUUUCUCUACCCUCCGCUGCUGCACCAACCACCAACCCCACCCACACCCUGCCCAGCACUAUCACCACCCCACCCACCCAUGCCACCACGGUGCUUGAGUCCCAACGCAUAUCCCUGCCUCCCUCUCAGCCCCCUCUUCCUCUCGUCACUCCCGCUAUCCGUCCCUCCAUCCCUCCUCUCCUCUCCCAUACGCCCUCGCCCCCAUCUCCCCCCCUGUUUGCGCCCCCACCACUUUAUUCCGCUGCCCCCGCGCUGGUCCCUUCUGCUCCAUCCACUGGCACCAGUUGUGCCCCCCCCGCUUCCACUGCAUCCCCUGCUGCGCGCCCCUCCCCCGAGCCCCCUGCUGCGCGCCCCUCCCCCGACCCCCCUGCUGGGCGCCCCUCCCCCGAACCCCCUGCUGCGCGCCCCUCCCCCGAACCCCCUGCUGCGCGCCCCUCCCCCGACCCCCCUGCUGCGCGCCCCUCCACCGAACCCUCUGCUGCGCAGCCUCUCCUUGAGCCCUCUGCUGCACACGCCCCCCUGGAACGCAUGGGGGCGGGCAGAAGUUCUGCUGGUGCUCCCUCUGCUGCCCCUACUGCUGUUCUUACUCCUGCUCCUGGCCCUGCUCCUGCUCCCGCUCCUGCUCCUUCCCCUUCUCCCACCGUUGCUCCUCCUGCUGCCUCCCCACGUGCCUGCGCAUCCCGUGCCACUGCGAGUGCAACUGCUGGGGCUGUUGAUGGUGCCGCAGGCGUGGAAGUGCCGCUGGCUGUUGGUGCACCACCUUCUGCCCCUCUCACAUCCCCACAAGCUCAACCCACACGGCAAGCCACCGCCUCUCCUCCUCUUGACAGCAGCGGGGGUGGUGGCGCUUCAGGGGCGGACGCAACAGGCGAGAAAGCGGGAGAAAGAGCAGGAGAGAGGUUGGACAUGAGCACCAUGGAUCCUGCCCGCCUGCUGCAGCGGCUGGCAGCAAGGGCGAGGCUGAGCGAGGAGGAAGAACGGAUGGUGGAGCAACUAGCAGAAACGCUUCCAGGGAUCCGAGAGAUGGUGAACCGGCGGCAGCAGUUGGUAGGCAAACAGGCGCAGGAGCGGAACAAGGCUGUGGAAAGCCAGGAGGAAGAGACGGUUGGGGGGGAGGGUGACCGGGUUGGUCGGGUUGUGAGUGCGAUCGAGGAAGGGGAUGAGUGGGAGGAAGCGGCUGAAGCGCCAGGGAAACCGACAGAGAAGCAACAGCAGCAGCAUCAGCAGCGUCAGAGGUCCUACGCCGCUAUGCCUUCCCCCUCCCCCGGGCCUUCCCCCUCGCCGACCCCGGCGAUCAGCCGAGUGUCUGCAGCGGCGUUGCAGUGGCCUAGGAGUGUGUCGGCUGCUGCUGCCAGUAGCACACGGAGCAAGGAGAGGGCGGAGGAGGAGAAGGGGAAGGAGGGCGAGGGGGUGAGCAGAGCUGAUGAAACGGCGCGAGACACUCCCUUUGCUGAAGCGCGUCGAAGAUCCCAGGAGCCGUUUGGUUGA